UGCUGCUGCUGUUAGGAUGGCCUUCGCUUGCUCAAUAGAAACACCGUUUGGUGUGAAGCUGUGGCCUCUGUUCAACGAGGCCGUGUCGUUCGUCACUGGCGGACGCUUUGUCCCAGACGCGUUCGAGUUCGUCGAGGCAGAGACUUUCCUGUCGACGUUUCCGCCGGUGGCUUUGACCAUCGUUGUGUACUACACGUUGAUCUUUGGUGGCCAGUACUGCUUCAACAGGUACAACUGGCCGGCGUGGAAGCUGAACUACCCGUUCCAGUUGCACAACUUAGUGCUGACGCUCAUCUCCGGGACAUUGCUGGUGUUGAUGGUGGAGCAGCUCGUGCCAAUCGUGUAUCACCAUGGCGUGUUCUACGCCAUCUGCAACCAGAAGGCGUGGACGCAGGAGCUGGUUACGCUCUACUACCUGAACUACUUGACAAAGUACUUGGAGUUUGUCGACACGCUGUUCCUCGUUGUGAAGAGAAAGAAAAUCAUCUUCCUCCACUCGUAUCACCACGGUGCAACUGCGCUCUUGUGCUACACGCAACUCACUGGUAAGACCUCCAUUUCGUGGGUCCCUAUCUCGUUGAACUUGGGUGUGCAUGUCGUCAUGUACUGGUACUACUUCUUGGCUGCCAGAGGUAUCAGAGUCUGGUGGAAGCAGUGGAUCACAAACUUCCAAAUCAUCCAGUUCAUCCUGGAUCUCACAUUCAUCUACUACGCAUCCUUCAUCAAGCUUAAACACGAUUGGGGUCUCUUUGGUUGCUCUGAAACUCAGUGCAUCGAUUGUGUCGGUACCACAUUGGCCACAUGGGCAGGUGUUGCCAUCAUUUCUUCCUACCUAGUGUUGUUUGUGCUGUUCUACAUUGAAAUCUACAUCACAAAGGGUAAAAAGGCCAGAGUAUUGAAGAGAGUUGAUGGCUUUGGUAACAAGAUCAACGAGUACGUCCAAGUUGACGUGAAGAACGUUGUCACUCCAUCUCCAUCUCCAGCUCCAACAAACUUGAGAAGAAGAAAGGCAUAAGCAAAGAAAUCUCUACACAUCAUGAUAACGGUUAUAAUACCAGAAGAACAUUCAGUUUCUUCUCUCUCUUUUUGGUAAUGAUUAUGAAACAAGAUGUAUACUUUAUAUUUCCUUUAGAAUUUGUAAUACAUUGUCACAGUACACACAAUUAAA